UUUAUUUUGAAGUCAUCAAACCAAACCGGAAGUUAUGUUCCCAGCUCUUUUUAAUCUGAAUCCAGGAGUCACGUCGCGACAAUUCUCUCUCUCUCUGUUCCUGAGAAAGUGUGUGUGAGCUCCAGCACUACUGAUCCAUCAUCUGUGUGUCUGGAUAAACUUCUGAAUAGACUUUGUGCCCUUUUUUCUGAAGCGCUUACCUCGGACUAUAGGAGCUAGCUUAGCAUGCUAGCUGGAAACACCAGAGCAACACUAGUCAGAGUGAGAGUUUGAUGGAGAGAAACAGUGCGUUUAACGGAGUGUGCAGGAAAAGGUGAUUUAGUCAACAUGAGUACAGUCCAAAUGCUGUUUGCGUUGAAGAAGCAGCGACUCACUGCUGCUGCUGAAGACAUCUUUGUUCUGUUUGAAAAAACGAUGGCAGAGUACGAGGAGGAACUGUGUCGUUCAAAAGAGAAGAACGAGAGACUCCAGAAACUACUGGACUCUGUUGUACAGCCUCAGCUUCGGAUUCGCAAAGCAGACGUCCAGCAGCUGGUGGUGGUUAAAGAAGAGGUUCUCCCUGAACGGCAGGAGUGGAGCUCCAAUCUGGACCAGGAAGACCCAGAGUCCCCCCCACACAUUAAACAUGAACAGGAGGAACUCUGGAGCAGUCAGAAGGGAGAGGAGCUUCAAGAGCUGGAGGAGGCUGAUAUCACCAAGUCUGCAUUCACUCCUGUCCAUGUGAAGAGUGAAGAUGAUGAGGAGAAACUUCAGUCCUUACAGCUUCAUCAAAGACAGGCUGAACACAUGGAAACAGGAACUGAUGGAGAGGACUGUCGAGGACCAGAACCAAACAGGAACUCGGAUCCAGAGAGCAGUUUACAACCGAAGACUGAGGACAACACUGAAGACUCCUCUGAACCAGACACUGAAGACAGUGCUGAUUGGAAGGAGACCAGAGAAUCUGCAUCAGGCUCAAACUCACUGAUAAACAGACAAGACUCUGUCAGUGAUUCAAGAUGUAGUGCUGGAGAGAAACCAUUCAGCUGCUCAGUUUGUAAUAAAUCUUUUACACGGAGUGGAAGUUUAAAGGCACACAUGAGAAUCCACACAGGAGAGAAACCAUUCAGCUGCUCAGUUUGUAAGAAAUCUUUUAGAGAUAGUGGAAGUUUAAAGGCACACAUGAGAAUCCACACAGGAGAGAAACCAUUCAGCUGCUCAGUUUGUAAGAAAUCUUUUACACAGAGUGGAAGUUUAAAGGCACACAUGAGAAUCCACACAGGAGAGAAACCAUUCAGCUGCUCAGUUUGUAAGAAAUCUUUUAAAGAUAAAGGAUGUUUUAAAAAACACAAGAGAAUCCACACAGGAGAGAAACCAUUCAACUGCUCAGUUUGUAAGAAAUCUUUUACAGGUAGUGGAAGUUUAAAGGUACACAUGAGAAUCCACACAGGAGAGAAACCAUUCAGCUGCUCAGUUUGUAAGAAAUCUUUUACAGAUAGUGGAAGUUUAAAGGUACACAUGAGAAUCCACACAGGAGAGAAACCAUUCAGCUGCUCAGUUUGUAAGAAAUCUUUUACAGUGAGUGGAAGUUUAAAGGUACACAUGAGAAUCCACACAGGAGAGAAACCAUUCAGCUGCUCAGUUUGUAAGAAAUAUUUUACAGAGAGUGGAAGUUUAAAGGUACACAUGAGAAUCCACACAGGAGAGAAACCAUUCAGCUGCUCAGUUUGUAAGAAAUCUUUUAAAGAGAGUGGAAGUUUAAAGGUACACAUGAGAAUCCACACAGGAGAGAAAAUAUACAGCUGCAGUGUUUGUGACAAAAGAUUUACACGCCGGAGUAAUUUCAAAAGCCACAAGUGUGUUGGUUGUCAGUCCUCACAGCUUAAUCAAACUCAAACUGAGGAUAACAGAGAUGCAGAGCCUCCCGUCAGGAGCUCAGCUGAACACAUGGAAACAGAAGCUGAUUUAGAGGAAGGUGGAGGACAAGAACCAGCCAGGAACUCCGAUCCAGAGAGCCGUUUAAAACCAAAGACUAAGGACAACACUGGAGACUCGUCUGAACCUGACACUGAAGACUUUUCUGAACCAGACACUGACGACUCUUCUGAACCAGACACUGAAGACAGUGCUGAUUGGAAGGAGACCAGAGAAUCUGCAUCAGGGUCAAACUCACUGAUAAAUAAACAAGUGAUUCAAGAUGUAGUGCUGGAAAGAAACUAUUUGGAUGCUCUGUGUGUAAGAAAUCUUUUAAAGAGAGUGGACAUUUAAAGGUACACAUGAGAAUCCACACUGGAGAGAAACCAUAUAGCUGCAGUGUUUGUGAGAAAAGGUUUAAUUGGCGUAAUCAUUUGAAAACGCAUAAGUGUGCUGGUCUUCAACCCUCACUGCCUAAAUCUCAAUCAAAGUCAAACUGAGGAUAACAGAGUUUUUAGACUCCUGAAGAGUAUUAUAUAGAUUUGUAUUUCUAAAUGUUUUGUAUCAAUGCCUUCCUGUUAAUAAACUGUUUUAAAUAAAUUGUAA